CUCAGAAAGUCGUUGUCUCUGAUGUCUGAGCUGUAAGACAGGGAUAGAGCGUGGAGAGAGACAGAGAGAGAGAGGAGUACUUCACUGGGCAAAAAAAAUUUUGAUUUUUAAAUAUGAAUCGAUCUCUUGUUCUGUUUGUCUAAGAAGAAGAAUUAGAGCUAGCAAUAUAGUUAGAGAUUUUGUGGGUUGUUGUUUGUUUUUCAGUUGAGUGAAGGGAAAGGUGUUAGAUUUGGAAAUGGCAACAUUUGCAGGGACAACCCAGAAAUGUAAGGCUUGUGAGAAGACGGUUUACUUGGUGGAUCAGCUCACAGCUGAUAACAAGAUCUAUCACAAGGCUUGCUUCCGAUGCCACCAUUGCAAGGGUACCCUAAAGCUGAGCAACUACUGCUCAUUCGAAGGUGUUCUGUACUGCAAGCCUCACUUUAACCAGCUCUUCAAGAUGACAGGCAGUUUGGACAAAAGUUUUGAAGGUGCUCCAAAAGAUGUUAGAGUGGACAAAUCAGCUGAUAAGGACCAAGCCAACAAUAAAGUUUCGGGUUUGUUUGCUGGAACUCAAGAUAAGUGUGUGUCCUGCAAGAGAACUGUGUACCCACUUGAAAAGGUAGCAGUUGAUGGUGUCUCAUACCACAGAGCUUGUUUCAAGUGCUCCCAUGGAGGCUGUGUGAUCAGCCCAUCUAAUUAUGUUGCCCAUGAUCACAAACUCUAUUGUAAGCAUCACCAUUCUCAACUCUUCAAGGAGAAGGGUAAUUUCAGCCAACUUGGCAAGCAUGAAGACAAUAAAGAGAUGACUGAGAACACAGUUUCCAAGUGAUGCUAGGCUAAUUCUAUGUGUUCAUCAUUCAGGGAAUUGGUGCAUAUCACAGCCUUCAUUUAUGGCAAUAUAGGAUAUCAUAUACAAUGGAUCUUGAGGCAUUAUACGUUAAGAGAGUUAUGAAUGAGUUGCAAGCAGUAUGGGUUUGGUGUCUAUCCCGGUCUUACAAUAAGCCAAGGUCUUGUGAAGCCUUUGCUUUAAAGUUCCAGUUGGGUGUGUUUUGUUGGGUCUUGGACCUCAUUAUCUUUUUAUAAGUAUAUUUAAUGACUUUUAUCAUCUCAAUAAUAGUGCUGCAUGUUUAAUGUUUGGUUUUC